UGCGCUUCUGAGUUUCCUUCGGUUAACUCCGCGCUUUCUUCGCUUGCAGUGCGGCCGGAUUAUCUCCGGAGCUGGGCCUUCCCGUUCUUGCGGUCAGGGGCUAGAGCCACGUGGCCCGGAGCCUCCCUCUCGCGCAGCCUGGCAGCCCGGAGCCCUCCGCAGUCUCCCGCCGGCUCGGGGCCCACCGAUGCCCCCCCGAGCGACCACGGUUUCCGAGAGCAGAGGGUCCAGGCCCAGCGCUUUCGAUUCUCGGAGGAGCCGGGCCCGGGAUCCGAGGGGGCCGUGCUGGAGGUCCACGUUCCGCAGAUCCUGCAUCUCCAGUAUGGAAUGUAUGUUUGGCCCUGUGCUGUGGUCCUGGCCCAGUACCUUUGGUUUCACAGAAGAUCUCUGCCAGGCAAGGCCAUCUUAGAGAUUGGAGCUGGAGUGAGCCUUCCAGGAAUUUUGGCUGCAAAAUGUGGUGCAGAAGUAAUACUAUCAGACAGCUCAGAACUGCCUCACUGUCUAGAAGUCUGUCGGCAAAGCUGUCAAAUGAAUAACCUGCCCCAGCUCCAAGUGGUAGGAAUAACAUGGGGUCAUAUAUCUUGGGAUCUUCUGGCUCUACCACCACAAGAUAUUAUCCUUGCAUCUGAUGUGUUCUUUGAACCAGAAGAUUUUGAAGAUAUUUUAACUACAAUAUACUUUUUGAUGCAUAAGAACCCCAAGGUCCAAUUGUGGUCUACUUAUCAAGUUAGAAGGUAAGUAUGGCUAACCCUAGCUUACUUUUGAAUGUAACUUAAGCCUUACUCUACCCUGCCCCAUGCAAUACAUAAUAUAAAAUAUCUGAAGCAAAACAGAAAGGCAUGAUUUUAAAAAAACAAAUUUAUUACAAUUUUUUUAAGUGCUGACUGGUCACUUGAAGCUUUGCUCUACAAAUGGGAUAUGAAAUGUGUCCAUAUUCCUCUGGAGUCUUUUGAUGCAGACAAAGAAGAUAUAGCAGAAUCUGCCCUUCCAGGAAGACAUACAGUUGAAAUGCUGGUCAUUUCGUUUGCAAAGGACAGUCUGAAUACCUAACAAGCUGUUUUGGGAGGGUAUCAAUACUGAUGAGCAACCUGGCACAGACUAGGAUCAGACCACUUCAGCUUGAGAAUGCAGUUGGUCUGAAGGUGGUCAAGUCUGUUGGCCUUAGAUUUUGGUGUCACCUAGACAACACGUUAACUCAUAUGAAACAAAAAUUAAAAUACUUAUUAGAAGUA